AUCCGAUAGGUAUUAAAGUUUGGUGUUUCUGUUCCGGGCAAUUAUUGUUUUCGUAUCACUGGUUAUAAAUCUUGCAUUGCUUAGCUAAGAUCUAAAGUCUGUGUAAUGUUGUCCUUGUGUACCAUGUCAAAAUGUUAGUUUCCUGUGGGCUGUCCACAAACGGCUGAAGUUGGCAAGGCAUUGCAAUGAGCUCCAAAACCGAGUGAUCGUUGUUUUGGCUUGUAUCAAGAAGUGGUCAAGCAAACAAUGGAAUCCGGAGUUGCUGCUUUCGACCCAAACGACCUUAUCAGUUACUCUCCAGAAGAGUCGGAAGAUGAGGGCGAACCACCACCUGAUCCAACUGUGGGUUCAAAAGAUUCGCAGCAGGCGGCAUCCGCUUCAUCCCUUUCAGGUAUACCACAAGCAACAGUGAGCUCUGCAGAUCUGGCGGCAAUUUCCGGUGAAGAAAUUCAACUGAUAGUGCCGGCAACUUCCUCUCGCUCUUCUGGUCAAGUGUCCGUUAAAUUGCGAAGCCCUCUGCAAGGAGCAUGCUUCAAAUGUAAAUUCUGUCCGACUUUCACCCAUACGGCCGAAGAUUUCAUUAAACACUUUAUUAUGCAUUUUGGUCGGAAUAGAAUAUCCUACAAGCAAAUGUCCCGUGAGGAAGUGCAAGCCCUCCCAAAUGCAAAUGAAAAGUUUGUAUGUGGAGUUUGUGGCAAAUGCUUCGAAGUUCGAAAUGACGUACGAGAUCACAUGAUUCGGGACCAUGGUUUUGUGGAGGCGAAAACAAACGAAACAACUGAAGCUUCCAAGCCGAAUCCUUUAUCUAGUAUUGCUGUAAAACGAAAGUUGGAGGAUGACUUUGUUGAUUCGCAAAAGCUUGCCAUUAGCGACAGUUCGUGUUCUUCGGAUAACGGUUCUGUAAAAGUUGCUGCACAAACAGGGCAGGUUUGCGCUGUUCAGUCGAUAGCUCCCAAGUCGACAAUAUCGGUCGCAAGUACGUCAUCGACGGUAAUUUCCUCAUCUUCAGCAGUCUGUGAUAAUGAAACACCAAAACCCUGUAACGUUCAACAGCAACAGCAUGGACAAAAUCAGCAGACAUCAAUUUCUAUUGUUUCGAAGGGAAAUGAUCUUUCCGAAGAUGCUGAGUUAAAUGAGUUCCUCGGGCCGAUGACACUGAAAACGCUCAAGCUUAAACUAUUGGCUGGGUUAAAGUUGAAGUGCCCGCAGAAAGGCUGUGUCUACAAGUUCGAAACUCGUGCCAAACGGGAUAUUCACAUCAAGUGUCAUAAUAUCGAACCUGGUUUGAUUGGCCCAGGAGGGCCGACUCCGGGCGCAGUUGGAAAAGAAGAAAAAAAGGACAAUUUUAAGUGUUAUCAAUGUGGAAUAGAAUUUUCACGGUGGCGCGAAUGUUCACAGCAUCUUUGGAAACAACAUCAGGUGGAUACUAACAUGCUCAAGUGUCCUAUUUGUGACAUGCGGUUCGAUUUUGCAGUGAAAGUGUAUCGCCAUCUUCAAACGCAUCGUCCGGUGAAGGCGUUCGGGUGUUCGUCAUGUAGUAAAUCUUUUGCCACUAAAUCUCAACUGCUUGUUCAUGAAAAUAUUCACAAGAAGCAGCAACUGCAACGCCAGAAGCAAAAGCCAGCUGCUUCCGGAGGGGUAGAUGCAGGGCCGGCUUUAGCUGGAGAAAACGCAGAGCAAGAUGUUGAUGCUGAAGACGAAGAUGACGAGGCAAUCGGUGCCGAAGGGAAACCAGCAGAUAAAUUACCAUGGUAUGCCGAAAGAAAGUGCGAUAUCUGCGGGCACAUGUUUAGCACCUCGAAAGUAUUAUCGAAACACAUCAAAACCGUUCAUCACAAGAUAAAACCUUUUAUAUGCAGUGUUUGCGGUUAUAAAUCGGCUCGAAAGGUCACUCUAACGAUACAUAUGCGUCAGCAUUCAGGACAGAAACCUUUGGAAUGUAAAGAAUGUCCGUUUCGAACAGCGGAUCCUAGUGCUCUCAAAUACCACGAAAAGCGCCACAGCAAGGAUAAGUGGUAUGAAUGCAAGUUUUGCGGCUUGCUUACCAUACAGGCCAGUGCACUGAAGACCCACAUACGACUGAAUCAUCCAAAGGAGUACGAAACGAUCAAGUGCGAUAUGUGCAAUUUUAGUUCGGUGAAUGUAGAACUGUUGACCCGACACAAGAGCGAUCAUAAGGCAGGGCUGAUCAGAAGCGAAGAUUCGCAUGAUUCGGUUUCUUCCAAGCGUUCCAAGAACGCUCCGGAAAGUUCGUCAGACUGUUUUCUCCCGAUCGAAAGUACGGAUUCGGUUGUUCACGAUGCUGGUGGCUUUACAAUACCGGCUGUGAUUAAUGCCCCCGUGGCUCACUCGGAGGAAACACAGUUUCCCACAUGAGCGUUUGAUAUUGGCUUCGCUUUUUGCAUGCUAUGUUAGCCCAAACCAUACGGACAUUUUGUCAGUGGAUAUAAUAGUUCACUUCAAAAGUGAAUAGGGCCUUUCGUUUUUAUUUAUUGAUUAGUUUUUAGUGCAAAACCAAUUUUCUGUAGGUUGUACGAAACGGUGGAAAUUCCAUUAACA